AUGAGUGAUUUUUCAGCAUUUGCCGAUUCCCUUGCUGUUACGGAGGAACAAGAACAAAAGCAACAAGAAGAAAAGAUUGAAAGUAGUACCACUACUACUGAAGAAGUGGCAACCACAGAAACUUUGAAAACAGAGGAAAAUAUUUCAACAGUUGAAGAUCAAGAAAACAAGGAUAUUAAUAAUUUUGUUGAAGAAAUUACAACCCCACCAAAGGAAGAGGAACCACCAGUAGAGGCUGUUCCAAAGAGUGAACCAAAGACCGAUGCUUCUUUAUUCCUUGUUCCGGAAUUGAAGGGAAUUAAAACAACUACAUCUUCAUCUAAAUCAUAUCCUCCAGUAGCUAAUCAAACUGUCUCUGGUGGAUCUGAUCCUCGUAUCAAGAGAAAGAAUGGCCACCAAGAUGCCUUGAUUAUUAAGAAAUAUGAGGACAUUUCCACAUUGUAUGAUUCAUUCAAAAAGUGUGUUGAAAAAUUCGCAGAUAGACCUUGCUUGGGUAGAAGAAUGAGAGACCCAACAGAUUCAUCUAAAUUAUUAAUGGAAUAUGAAUUCAUUACAUUUAAAGAAGUUGAUGAUAUGUCCAGAAAUCUUGCUUGUGGUUUGAGACAUAUUGGUAUUUCCCCAAACCAACAUAUUGCUAUUUACAGUAAGAAUAGAAGAGAAUGGCAAAUUUCAGUUGAGGCUUGCAAUAAGCAAUCUCUUGUCAGUCUUGCUCUCUAUGACACUCUCGGAGAAGAAUCAUCAAAUUUCAUUAUGAAUCAUGGUGAAGUUGUUUCAGUUUGUUGUUCUGGAGAAACCCUUGGUAGUGUCAUCAAAUUGGCACCAAAGGCUGAAUACCUUAAAUCAGUCAUCUGUUUUGAUGCUAUCACUGAAGAACAAAAAUCAACUUUGGAAAAGAUUAACAUCAAGUCAUACACCUUAAAUGAAGUUAUGGAACUCGGUAAACAAAACCCAAUUGAAGAUGUUCCACCAACUCCUCAAAGUAUUGCUUGUUUGAAUUACACAUCAGGAACCACUGGUAUGCCAAAGGGUGUUGUCAUUACCCAUUUGAACUUUAUUGCUGCUAGUGCUGGUAUUGCCCACAAUAUUAUUGAUUUGAAUGAAAAUGAUUGUGUUGUUUCAUAUUUACCACUUGCACACAUUUUGGAGCGUAUGGUUGAAAUUGUCUUUUUGCAAGCAGGUGCUAGUAUUGGUUUCUGGGAAGGUAAUAUUAAGAAUUUGAAGGAUGAUUUGAUUGCUUUGAAACCAACUGCUUUCCCUGCUGUACCAAGAGUUCUUGAUAAAUUAUAUGAUGGUAUUAAAGAAAAGAUCUCAAAGGAAGGUAAAUUAAAGCAAUGGGCCAUUAGUAAGGCCAUUAAAUCUAAGGAAGAAGGUAUGCUCUCUGGUAAAUCUACUCCAAUCUCAGAUGUUGUUUUGGGUGUUAUCAGAAAGAACUUUGGUGGACGUAUCAGAUUUUGUCUUUCAGGUGGUGCACCAAUCCGUCCUGAAGUUCAACAAUACAUGAGAGUCAUUUUCGGAUGUAGUUUGGUCCAAGGUUAUGGUCUUACUGAAACAUGUGCUGCUGCAUUGAUUCAACUUCCUUAUGACUAUUCUGAAAGUCAUAUUGGUUGUGUUGUCCCAUCAGUUGAAGUUAAAUUGGAUGAUGUGCCUGAAAUGAACUAUAGUAUGGAACUAAAUAAGUCUGGUGAAAUUUGUGUACGUGGUCCAUCAGUCUCAAUGGGAUAUUAUAAGGAUGAAGAAAAGACUAAGGAAGCUUGGGAUGCUGAAGGAUGGUUCCAUACAGGUGACAUUGGAAAGGAAAAUGAAAAUGGUACAAUUUCAAUUAUUGACAGAAAGAAGAAUAUUUUCAAAUUGAGUCAAGGUGAAUAUAUUGCUGCUGAAAAUAUUGAACAAAAAUUAAGUCAAUCUAAGUUUAUUACUGGCAUUUGGGUUUAUGGAGAUUCAUUCAAGAGCUGUGUUAUAGGUUUUGCUGUUGCUAAUAUUUCAGUUUUGCAACAAUAUGCCAAAGAUAAUGGUAAGGAACAAUUGGCUGAUAAGAUUGAAGAGUUGUGUGAAGAUCCAGAUAUUGUUAAGGCAGUACUUGCUGAUAUUGUCGCAGUCGCCAAGCAAGCCAAGCUUAAAGGUUUUGAAAUUAUUCGUGGCCUUAAACUUUUGCCAAAGGAAUUUGAACAAUACGGAGUUACAACACCAACCAUGAAGAUUAUCCGACCAAAGUUGAAAGAAGUUUUCAAAAACGAAAUAGAUGCCUUGUAUCAAACAAUCCCAGAUGUGUAAAUUAAAC